UGGCCAGAGUUUCUGUGCAGCACAAAGAACUGUGAGGCCUUCUUUUGACUCUGCAAAGCCUUUUGACUCUACUUUACAAACAACUUUAGAUCACUUUGUUCUUCUUAGAUUUAAACUCUUCCAGAAGUCAGAGAAGCCUUUUUGACCUCCUUCAAAGUAACGAUGUAAAGAAGAAGCUGCUUGGAAACUAAACUGGACACAUCUGCACUUCCCCACCACCAACACUACAUUCCUUUACUUUUUUAUUUUAUUUUUUGGCAGAAACUGAUGCUGCUUCCUGUUCACGUGAGGCUGAGGCUUUCAAGUUGAGGAGUCCCUGUGUAAGUGUGGAAAAGUCACCAACUCGCCAUGUCCUCUGAUUUGGACCCUUACGUCUUCACCACUGACACUUUACCCUCGGAUCCCCGUUUCCUUCCUCCCCUGGCAAACGGGCUUUUGGGUUGGAGGGUGUUCAACAGCGUCUUGCACAUGGGUGGUGUCUAUAAUGGAGAGGGUGGACACUGCCACAGAGCGGAUGUUCCCUGUCCUGUAGCUGUGAAGGCUGAGAUGGAAGAUGCUGUCCAACACAUCUACAGCCUAAACACCAACACAGGCAUUUUCACCCACACUCUGACCUCAGCCAGCGCAACAGCCUCCCAGUCCUUGUACUGUCACAGAUUCUACCCAAACAUGAUUGUGAUGGAGGUUCUGCUGGAGCGCCAGGUGACCUCAGAUCAGCCAGUCUCUGUUAACCUGCUCAGUUCAUUCACUCCUCAAAGCAAAGACAUCGUUUUCGAGACUGGUCCUGGAUAUAAAGGAGGAAGCUACAUUUUAGGACAGACCUCAACAGCGGAGUUCCCAGGAGGAUCCUGUCCCUCUGUGCACUUAAUCUGGACGCCUGUGCCCUCCACUCUGGUGCUGCCACCGGAGCAGAGCCAGGCUCGCUGGGGCUUCAUUCUGGUUGUAGCCAACAGUUUGGACUCUGCUCAAACCAGCUUCGAUGAGGCCUUGGGCCUGAUGGCGACCGGCAACCUACGUCCGUCUCAUGAAAAGGCUUGGAAAGAGCUGUGGCUGCAGAGCAAGGUGGAGGUAUCGGGAUCACAUGAUCUCAACAAGGCUCUGAUCGGUUGCAUGUUCUACCUCCUCAGUGCCUUCCCAUCCAUACACGAUGACUCCAGAUCAUUUGGAGGAGUCAGUCCUGGGGGGCUGUCUAACGGCGGGGACGGUCAGGACUACUGGGGCCAUGUUUUCUGGGACCAGGACAUUUGGAUGUAUCCUGGGAUAGCCCUCUUUUACCCCAAGUUGGCCCGAGCAGUGCUGGAGUACAGGGUGGGGACUGUAGAUGGGGCUAAAGACAACGCGCAAAAGCAGGGCUUCAAGGGGCUGAAGUUCCCAUGGGAGAGUGCAGUUUCUGGGAGAGAGGUGUGUCCGGAAGACAUUUACGGACAACAAGAGAUUCACAUCAAUGGAGAUGUCACACUGGCCUUCCAACACUAUCUCUACCUCACGGAGGAUCUAUCCAUGUUUAAAGAGGGACGUGGCAGCGAAGUCGUCUAUGGUGUUGCUGAAUACUGGGUUUCCAGAGUAAACUGGAACCCAGAUGAUCAGAUGUAUCACCUCUUAGGUGUCAUGCCCCCUGAUGAGUAUUACUACAAUGUAAACAACUCUGUGUACACAAACGCAGCGGCCAAACUCAGCCUCCAAUUUGCUGUUGAGCUGGCCAAUCUUCUUCAAGAUGCCGCACCGAAAGAAUGGCAAGAAGUGGCAGAACACAUCAAAAUCCCUUUUGACCAGGAGUCCCAGUACCAUCCUGAGUUUGAUGGCUACACCAAAGGACACCCGGUGAAGCAAGCGGACACGGUUUUGCUGGGAUAUCCUCUUGGACUUCCAAUGCCUCCAGAGGUUAGGAGGAACGAUCUGACGAUAUACGAGCAAGUAACUGACCCUAACGGCCCUGCAAUGACGUGGGGUAUGUUUGCUAUUGGCUGGCUGGAGCUGGGAGAAGCUGAGAAAGCACAGCUUUUACUUGAAAAAUGCUUCAAGAACAUCCAGGGGCCAUUCCAGGUGUGGAGUGAGUCAUCGGAUGGCUCUGGCGCAGUCAACUUUCUCACGGGUAUGGGGGGGUUUCUGCAAGCUGUUCUGUUUGGUUACACAGGAUUCAGAGUUCAGAAGGACUGCCUGGCCUUUUCCCCACUACUUCCCAAUGACAUACAAGAGCUGUGUCUUCGUGGAAUGAACUAUUUGGGCAGUAAGAUGGACUGGCUGCUCAGGAAAGAGGAAGUCUGCAUCAUACUCAGAGAGCAAUCUCACAGCGAUGACACCUUUGAUCUGCAAGUUGUUCUGAAAGAGUCCGGCAUGAAAAUCCCUCUUACACCAGGAAAACCUGUAACUUUUCAUCGACAACCUGGUUCCAUAUGCAAAGUGGAAUCUGCAACCUCCUGCUGGCCUUUCUGAAAAAAGAGCAUUGAUCCUCUGAAUAACAUUAUUCACAAAACAAUAGUAGCAUAGCAUGUCUUUUUAUAUAUUUGUGUUUUGUAAUAUUGCAUGCUUACAUUUUAAUAAAUCAAUAUUGAAAGAACUUCAUGGAAUAAGA